AUGCCAAAAAUGCCCAUUUCGCUUCUUUAUACAACUCUCAAGGAACUACUGUUAGACUAUGUUAAGUAUACCAAUUUCGAUUGCACUAAAGGGAGAUUUCGUAAAAUGAUUCACAAAGACAUAAAAAAUUCCAAUGCAUUACGUCACCCCAAACCAGUGCAUACUCGAGGUUAUGCAGAUAAUUCAUUGAGGAGUUGCGAUGCAGUUAACGAAGAUAGGCACAAGUUUGAUCAAUGUUUGUCCUGUGGCAGGUUCCACUCUUUUAAUUCAUGUGCAUUUCGUAAUCCUUAG